AUGGCAAAGAGUCAGAAAACAUCACCAUAUUUUAAAAGGAAACGCCCUGAUAUAACAUCAUGUAUUCCAUUCCCUCCUAUAUCUGCAGUCUCAUUUGGAUUAAUACAGGAGAAGCUCGCCCAUGAGCCAUUUCGACUUCUUGUUGCUACCAUAUUUUUGAAUCGAACCAGGGGAGAAGUUGCGAUACCUGUGCUGUACAGUGUUUUUGAACAUUAUCCGACUAUUGAAUCUUUAGCCAAUGCCGACUUUGAUGAACUGGUCUCCUUAAUUCGACGAUUAGGAUUCCAAAACUCACGAGCCAAAAAAUGCAUUGCUCUCGCUAAAGCAUGGAUAGCGAAUGCCCCUGAGCCGGGGAAGCGGUAUCGGAAACUUCACUAUCCUAAUAAAUCUGAUGGCUCGGACAUUAAAUGUGGCGAGGUUUUGACUGAUGACGAUACCCGGGUUGCUUGGGAGGUUGGUCAUUUACCGGGUAUCGGACCUUACGCUAUAGAUAGUUGGAGGAUAUUCUGUCGAGAUGAGUUACGUGGUUUAGCCACCGACUGGAAUGGAGCAGGUACAUCAGAAGGAUUCUUGCCAGAGUGGAAAUCAGUACACCCAAAGGACAAAGAACUUUGUGCUUAUUUGGCAUGGAUGUGGCUCAGGGAUGGCUGGAUUUGGGACCCUCAAACAGGAACGAAAAUUGCGACCAAUAGGCGGAUCCUUCGAGCGGUUCGGGAUGGUGGUUUAGUCCUACACAAAUCUAGCGGGAAAUGGGUUUUGGAUCUCACUGCGGCUGGGGAGACGUCACUAUCAAUCGAGGUCGGCGCGGCAAAAUUUGUGAAUACUAUUUAA